UGUCUCCUGAAGAAACACUCCAUGUUCUUUUGGGGACUAACCAUCCUCCAUCUGACUCCACCGGCGCAUUCAUACCCUCGCAACGUCAUCUUUGCCCUUCUCAUCUCAAGCGCUAAUGGAGGCUGCACCACUGACUCUUGCCCACACUCACGCUCGCAACGCCGCUGUAGAACAUAGGCGAAACAAUCCUGUGGCUGCCAGCGAGGAAUAUGACUUGGCCGCCGCAGAAUUUGCUGCUGCGGCUCGCGACUCGGCCGACCUCGAGGCUCGUCGACUCCUUUCUUUGAUGGAAGCCGAAAACAAGAAGCUAGGAGAGAUAUUAAGAACAAGUCAUGAGAAGCCUCGCGGCGCAGAUGAUGCGAGACCUUCACCUUCGCGUACCGAAUCGGCUCCCUCGACCACACCCUCUAUAUCCCAGCAAGAAUCCGGCCGGCCACCGUCACCCGAGACUACCAUACAUGCACCCAGACUCCCACGAGGCCUGAGACCCAACGCCCGCGAUCUAUCCUCGUCAAUCGCAAGCAAUCUUGCUUCUGCCAGAGGAAUUCCAAGCAGCCGCCAGAAAAGACCAACGCCUAUCUCUCCGCUGGUGUCAGCACAAAAUGCCGACGGACAAAUUACUCUAGAGGACACAAGAGCGCGUUCAGGAUCAAGACAGAGCUCGUAUACAGGCGAUGCUCCUUCAGCUUCGAACCAGUCCAGCUCACGACCACCAUGGGCACCACCCCUGCAGCCUGAGCCAGCCAAACCAAAUACCGGAGAGUCAAUCGACCAACACGCCUCAGACGCGCCCUUCCAACAAUUUUACUCCACCUUCGAAUCACUCAUAUCCAAGCUCAGUGCACCACUGGCGUUUGCCGGCCUGCCUCUGACUUCACCUGCUCCCAAAGCCGCCGUACCUCUAGAGCCGCCAUCGCCGAAAUUACCCCACGGGCCGUCUCGAGCAGUACCGGCAGCACCCUCCGUCGACUAUUCUCAACUUAUAUCCCGCGCGGCAUUGCGCGCUGUCUCCGGCACGUCUACCAAUCCCUCUGAAUCAUUCUACGUCGUUCCCACGACCGGUGGCACAAUCUCCUACGCCGAGAUUAUGAACCGCGCCGAACGCGAAGAAGGCCGUGUCCUACGCCACCACCGCCAGCCCUCGACCCUUUCCAAUAUCUCCGAAGACGACUUUGUCGACGCCCACAGCACCAUUCUGCCCAACACGAAUCGUCCUCGUGAAGGUGGUCCACCAAGCCGUUUCGCCCGGCGCGGCGCCUCAGAAGAGGCCAAAGUCAACGGCAAGACAAUGGAGGAACUCGCGCUCGAGAACCAAGCGCUCAAACACCUCUCUGACACGCUCUCACGGCGACUACAUGUGUUCGAAAUGUCCAGUCAGACUGCCAGUGCGGCAAUGGCGCAGAGCAUCCGCUCUUUGCACCGGAGUCCGCUGACAACACCGCUUCUGUCGCCGGAAAAUUCCCGCGGAAGGAACAGCGGCAAGGCUGUGGAAGCAGGUAUGGAUGAGGCUGUAGCCAAGAGGAUUGCAGAGUUGGAAGAGAUUCUGCGCAAGAGCGAUGCAAGGGCAAGGAAGAAGGAAGAUGAGAAUGCUAAGCUCAAGGAGACGAUCACAAAGUACAGAGACAAAUGGGAUAGUUUGAAGGCCGGGGCGAAGGCGAGGAGGGAGAGAGAAGGGAGAGCUGGGAAGAACGGAGAUAAAGGGACGUCAUCAGCGGCGAAAGGAGAAGUCGCGGCUGGCGGUGAUGAAGAUAUUCCCGAGGGCUGAGGUCGAUUCGAAUAGCAAAUGUUCAAGUCCUGCAUUACGACAUGACGAUUCUCCCAUUUCCAAAUGGUCGUGGAACCCAUAGCCUACCAAGGUAAACAGGCUUGGGAGUCAUGUCGGAGAUGAUUUAUGUGAACAUGAAGAUCUCAACAUCAUGGAACUGUUUCUAUUGAAGCAAUCAAUUGUCACAGCAUAUUACUACCACUAUGCGGGUAUGUCCCAUCUAUGCUCAACCACGCUGAUAUCAAAAAGAGACCAUAUCCUCUCCAAUCAAACCCCAGAUGUACGGUCG